AUGGAUAUUGCUUUAACAUCCAUCUCAACUUCACCUAAUGGGGGUUACUCUGACAGGGAGAUGAUCAUGGCUACGAGCACACACGCCUCUGAAAAGCCAGAUAACCUGAAUGGAUUCAGAGGUGGCGUAUGGGUGUCUUGGACUAAUGAAAACUUCUCUAUCAAAGUUCUUGAAAUGAAUGAUCAAUAUAUACACGUGGUGGCUGAAAAGAAUGACACCAAAAUUUAUGUUACUUCAGUUUAUGCGAGCCCGAAUAGCACCAUCCGUCGCUCUUUGUGGGGUAAACUCACUCAACUUGACCCAGGUAAUCAGUGGCCGUGGUUUAUUGGAGGAGACUUCAACGCGACCCUAUUCUACCAUGAGCGCAAAUCCAAUGCUGCCAAAAAAAGGGACAAGUGUGAAAGCAGAAUUGACCGAGUUAUAUCAAACUCAAGAGCAAGGAGCACUUUUAUUGAUGCUAUUGUCAAAAAUCUCCCAUGGUUUAAGUCAGACCAUCACCCUAUCUUGCUCCAGCUUCGGUUAGUGAAGGAAAAUUGGAAUGCUAAUAGUAACUGGAAUGAAAAUGUCGACAGCUUCACUAAAGAAAUCAUUGAUUGGAGCAAAAAUGUCUUUGGCCAUAUUGGAAAAAAGAAGAGUAUACUUAUGGGUAGACUUGAGGGCAUCUCACCAUCUAUAUCUAAUACCAGUAUAUCUUCCUCUUUGGAACAACUUCAGAAAAAGCUUUGGCUAGAACUAGAAAAGGUGAUCAUUCAAGCGGAACUUCUAUGGGCUCAGAAAGCUAAAUGUGAUUAG